GGCUGGCAGUGCGGGCGGAGGGGUUCCCCCUUCCGGCCGCCGGGAGCGCGGAGCCCCGGGCCGUGAGCUCCAGAGCUCGGCCAGCCCCGGGGUGAGGCGGAGCGGGGCCGUGCCGUGCCGGGCCGUGCGGUGCCGGGCCGCCCCCGAGGGGAGUUCCGCCGAUAUCGGAGCGCGUCGGGGAGAUGCCGGUGCGUCGGGGCCAUGUGGCCCCCUCAGAACACUACCUGGAUACCAUCAUCCGCAAAUUUGAAGGGCAAAACCGCAAGUUCCUGAUCGCCAACGCUCAGAUGGAGAACUGCGCCAUCAUCUACUGCAACGACGGCUUCUGUGAGAUGUUUGGUUACUCACGUGUCGAGGUGAUGCAGCGGCCCUGCACCUGUGACUUCCUCACUGGCCCUGACACCACCAAGAGCUCCAUAGCGCAGCUGACACAGGCGCUGCUGGGAUCCGAGGAGUGCAAGCUGGAGAUCCUCUACUACCGCAAAGACACCUCGUGUUUCCGAUGCCUGGUGGACGUGGUGCCAGUGAAGAACGAAGACGGAGUCGUCAUCAUGUUCAUCCUCAACUUUGAGGACCUGGCCCAGCUCAUCGCCAAGAGCUCCGGCCGCAGCCUGCACCACCGCCUGUCGCAGACAUGGCGUGCAGAGGCUUCCCACGUGAAACCCAACCCUCCAAACUCCACCUCAGACUCGGACCUCAUGAAGUACCGCACCAUCAGCCAGAUCCCCCAGUUCACACUCAACUUUGUGGAGUUCAACCUGGAGAAGCACCGCUCAGGCUCCACCACAGAGAUUGAGAUCAUUGCACCCCACAAAGUGACAGAGCGCACACAGAACGUCACCGAGAAGGUCACACAGGUGCUUUCUUUGGGGGCUGAUGUCCUCCCCGAGUACAAGCUCCAGGCACCACGCAUCCACCGAUGGACCAUCCUGCACUACAGUCCCUUUAAGGCCGUGUGGGAUUGGCUCAUCCUUCUGCUGGUCAUCUACACGGCCGUCUUCACCCCCUACUCAGCCGCCUUCCUGCUCAAUGAGGAGCAGGUGGAGGAGAAGCACUGGAACUGCAGCUACUCCUGUGACCCACUCAACAUCAUCGACCUCAUCGUGGACAUCAUGUUCAUCGUGGACAUUGUCAUCAACUUCCGCACCACCUACGUCAACAUCAAUGAGGAGGUGGUGAGCCACCCCGCCAAGAUCGCCAUCCACUACUUCAAGGGCUGGUUCCUCAUCGACAUGGUGGCCGCCAUUCCCUUUGACCUGCUCAUCUUCCGCUCCGGCUCUGAUGAGACCACCACCCUCAUUGGUCUCCUGAAGACUGCCCGGCUGUUACGCCUGGUCCGUGUGGCCCGCAAGCUGGACCGCUAUUCUGAAUAUGGAGCAGCUGUGCUCUUCCUGCUCAUGUGCACCUUUGCCCUCAUUGCCCACUGGCUGGCAUGUAUCUGGUACGCCAUCGGCAACGUGGAGCGGCCCUACAUGGAGCACAAGAUAGGCUGGCUGGACAACCUGGGUGACCAGAUCGGCAAGCGCUACAAUGACAGCGACCUCUCCUCCGGGCCAUCCAUUAAGGAUAAAUACGUCACUGCCCUCUACUUCACCUUCAGCAGCCUCACCAGUGUGGGUUUUGGCAACGUCUCACCCAACACCAACUCGGAGAAGAUCUUCUCCAUCUGUGUCAUGCUUAUCGGCUCUCUGAUGUAUGCCAGCAUCUUUGGCAACGUGUCUGCCAUCAUCCAGCGCCUCUACUCGGGCACGGCACGCUACCACACACAGAUGCUGCGGGUGAAGGAGUUCAUCCGCUUCCAUCAGAUCCCAAACCCGCUGCGCCAGCGCCUGGAGGAGUAUUUCCAGCAUGCCUGGUCCUACACCAACGGCAUCGACAUGAACGCGGUGCUGAAGGGCUUCCCUGACUGCCUGCAGGCAGACAUCUGCCUCCACCUCAACCGCACACUGCUGCAGAACUGCAAGGCUUUCCGAGGAGCCAGCAAAGGCUGCCUGCGUGCCCUGGCCAUGAAGUUCAAGACGACCCAUGCACCACCUGGAGACACCCUGGUGCACUACGGGGAUGUCCUCACUACCCUCUACUUCAUCUCCCGGGGCUCCAUUGAGAUCCUCAAGGAGGACAUUGUGGUUGCCAUCUUAGGCAAGAACGACAUCUUUGGGGAGCCCAUCAGCCUCUAUGCCCGUCCAGGGAAGUCGAAUGCUGAUGUGAGGGCCUUGACCUACUGCGACUUGCACAAGAUACAACGGGAGGAUCUGCUGGAGGUCUUGGACAUGUACCCGGCCUUCUCUGACAACUUCUGGAGCAACUUAGAGAUCACCUUCAACCUGCGAGAUGCAGAUAGUGUUCCCCGCACACCGCUCAGUGAGGAGUAUGACUGCACCUACCGGCGUGUGCGCCGACGCAAGCACUCCCUUUGUCAGCCCAACAAGCCCGACCCAGACACGGGCACCUCUGAUGCAGAGCAGUAUCACACCUACUCAGAGCUCACCAACCCGCAGGAUCCGCUGAGUAAGGACCAGUGGGAUGACGUGGGCAGCAGCACCACCCCCUGUUCCCAGACCAGUGAUGAUGAGGCCAAGCCUGGCAGCCCCACAAAAGCUGAGCCCUUCCCCCUGUCCAAAAAGGAUGACUUUGCCCUGCCAGAACUCAGCCUCGUCACCGCCAGCGCCAGUGGCACAGAGGGCAGCAAGCAGGCAGCAGAGAGCAGCCAGUCCUAUGCAGCCACCCCCAUGGACAUCCCCAGUAUGUUCACUUUCUGGGAGGAUCAAAGGCCAAACCAUCACCCAGAGCCUCUGCAGCAUGUCUCCUUGGUGCACAGCUCACGGGACAUCCCCCUGCACAGCGACUACAGACCAGGGCAGAUCGAGUCCAGGCUGGAGCUCCUGCAGGCCCAGCUCAGCAGGCUGGAGUCCAGGAUGUCAUCAGACAUUAAUAUAAUCCUCCAGCUCCUGCAGCGCCAGCUGUCCCAAGUGCCACCCGCAUACAGCCCCAUUUCACCAUCCUCUCACAACCUGGCCAUGUAUGGCAUCGUCCCACGGAGCCUGGAGCCGCUCACCCCCUGUGCACCUCUGGAGGAUGAGCAGCAGAUGGCCCCAGGGCAGAGCCCAAGCUACACGGAGGUAGAAAAGUUCCACUUGAAAUCCAGGGACUCCUUGUCGAGUGGGCUGCACCUCACUGUGGCAUCUGAUGAAACCAUGACGGUCUAUUCUGAGCAGGAGCAUCACUCCCCACCUCUCCUGAACCCAGAGCCUCCCCACCAAAGGGCACCAAACACCCAGGGACUCUUGCGGGGCUCACGUUUCCCUUCCCUCCCUGAGCACUUGGAGGCAUCUUCCGAGCACCAGGACAUUCAGAGACACCUCUCCGACCCAGUUCUUCCUGGAAGUUAGAGACAUGGGGGCUGCAAAGCAAGUCAAGAGGAACCUCAACUGUGAGCUCGGUCAGUUGAUGUUGAUUUUGACUGCAGGGGUAAGACAGUGGACAAUGCCAUUGGCUCAGGGGUCUAAUUUGUAACUGUCUUCUGCCACCAUGAAAGGAAGCAUAGCGUGGCUGGUUUCCAAGAUCAACAUUUUCCAGCGGUUCCCAUAGAGUAGAUUUAAUUUGCACAUUCUAGUGAACCCAGAGCAGUUCUUUCUUAUGGCCACCAACAGGCUGGCUAGGCCAAACAGCACCCAUCACCUCUUCCUUGCCGAGGCUUCCUCUCGAGAACAGCACAAGCCCAGUGAGCCACAGCAUCCAGAGGGGAGCAAUUGCACAGCUUCCAGCUGCAAGGCCAUUUUGCUGUCAGCUCUUUGGAGCAGGGACCAUUGUGUUGGUACUGGGCCUUGCCCAGUAGAGUCCGUGGGCACUAUGAAAGAGUAUUCACUGGAGGAGGAGGAGAGCUCCACAGUGCAGUACUGGGGAGAGCUGCAGGUGGGAAGCCCAGGACAAGGACAGAUGCUCUCCCUGUCCUACCUGAUGGCCACCGAGACACUAAGGGCCAACAACCCCUUCCACUUCAGCACGCUUCAGCACGAGUCCUAGGGCACUGACUUCUCCAGCAAGGCCAACUGCACCUUGCAAACCCCAACACACAUCCCACAAAUCCCUAUAUGAACCUGACUGGUCAUCGACCUGGACAUAAAGCACAAAACACAAAAGCACAAUCCCGAAAAGCUGCAAAGUCCUAGUCACUUCAAGUCCAGUCCUUUCUCCCAGCUUCUCUCUUUUGAUAAAGGUUUGAUAGAUGCUUCCUCCUCCUCAGCCCUUUUCCUGGCAGAAUCCCGCAGCAUCCCAUAGGAGAAGCCCACUUAGCACUGCUGCCUUGCCAUUCGGUUAGAUGCUGUGACCGUCCUAGGCCGCCUGCUCAAGUAACAUAUUGAGCUCCCUUUGAGAGUAGUAAAACUGUGAGCAUCUCUUUCUCUGGAGUUUUAGUGUACACUUUGCUAAUAAAGAUGUUUUUGGCACCUGA